CGGAAGCGCUCGUGGCCUGGUGCGCGCUCUCGCGUUCCCCGGCGUCUACGGGGUUCUCCUGGCCCGGACCUGGGCCCGGCCGCGCGCUCGCGCUCGUUCACGGGGUUCCGGCCCUGGGCUCGGCGCCGGGUGCGCGCGCGCGCGCGCUGCCCGCCGGUCCCCGCCCCCCAGGCACGCGGCGCUCCCAGGGCUCCUCCGCCAUGUGCUCGUUAGCGUCAGGCGCUACCGGCGGCCAGGGCGCCGUGGAGGAUGAGGAAGACCUGCCAGAACUGUCGGACAGCGGUGACGAGGCCGCCUGGGAGGAUGAGGACGAUGCAGAGCUCCCCCACGACAAGCAGCAGACCCCCUGCCUGUUCUGUAACAGGCUAUUCACAUCUGCUGAAGAAACAUUUUCACACUGUAAGUUGGAACAUCAAUUUAAUAUUGAUAGCAUGGUCCAUAAACAUGGACUUGAAUUUUAUGGAUACAUUAAACUAAUAAAUUUCAUUAGACUUAAGAAUCCUACAGUUGAGUAUAUGAAUUCCAUAUACAACCCAGUGCCCUGGGAGAAAGAAGAAUAUUUGAAGCCAGUAUUAGAAGAUGACCUUUUGCUUCAAUUUGAUGUGGAAGACCUUUAUGAACCAGCGUCAGUCCCUUUCUCAUACCCCAAUGGACUCAGUGAAAAUACAUCUGUCGUGGAAAAAUUGAAACAUAUGGAAGCCAGGGCACUGUCGGCUGAAGCUGCAUUAGCUAGAGCACGUGAGGAUCUGCAAAGAAUAAAACAAUUUGCUCAGGAUUUUGUGAUGAACGCAGAUGUCAGAACCUGCUCGUCAUCUACUGCCAUUGCAGACCUCCAGGAGGAUGAGGACGGUGUUUAUUUCAGCUCAUACGGGCAUUAUGGGAUACAUGAAGAAAUGCUAAAGGACAAAGUACGAACGGAAAGCUACAGAGAUUUUAUAUACCAAAAUCCACAUAUCUUCAAAGAUAAGGUAGUAUUGGAUGUUGGAUGUGGAACUGGAAUUCUCUCUAUGUUUGCUGCUAAAGCUGGGGCAAGAAAAGUUCUUGGAGUUGACCAAUCUGAAAUACUUUACCAGGCAAUGGAUAUCAUAAGACUGAAUAAAUUUGAAGAUACUAUUAUACUAAUUAAAGGAAGAAUUGAAGAAGUUCAUCUUCCUGUAGAAAAAGUGGAUGUUAUUAUAUCUGAGUGGAUGGGCUAUUUUCUUCUUUUUGAAUCUAUGUUGGAUUCUGUCCUUUAUGCAAAGAACAAAUACUUGGCAAAAGGAGGAUCGGUCUACCCUGACAUUUGCACUAUCAGCCUUGUAGCAGUGAGUGAUGUGAAUAAACAUGCUGAUAGAAUUGCUUUCUGGGAUGAUGUAUAUGGCUUCAACAUGUCCUGCAUGAAGAAAGCAGUUAUUCCAGAAGCUGUGGUGGAAGUUUUAGAUCCGAAGACUCUUAUUUCAGAUCCUUGUGGUAUUAAGCAUAUAGAUUGCCAUACAACAUCUGUCUCAGAUUUGGAGUUUUCUUCAGAUUUUACCCUGAAAAUUACAAAGACAUCUAUGUGCACGGCAAUUGCUGGCUACUUUGAUAUAUAUUUUGAGAAAAAUUGCCACAACAGGGUCAUGUUCUCCACGGGCCCUCAGAGUACCAAAACACACUGGAAACAAACAGUAUUUCUACUGGAAAAGCCAUUUUCAGUUAAAGCAGGUGAAGUUUUGAAAGGAAAGAUCACAGUUCACAAGAAUAAGAAAGAUCCUCGUUCUCUCAUUGUGACAGUCACAUUGAAUAAUUCAACUCAAACUUACAGUCUCCAGUGAAAAAGUCAUGAAGCACAACUAACUUGCAAUUUGUAGUUUGCGGGUAGGAAGCAGUCCUGCCCUCAGGAGUCUCCUCAGUAAGGGAGGCAAGGGGAGAAGUUGACA